AUGCCCCGUACUCGCCCCGCUACAUUCAAACGCGUGGACAAGCCCCACAGUGGAGAAAGCGCCACGCUGAUGAUGUUCCCUGUGGACCUGAUCCUCUUUGUUUGUGCGACUUGCACUGUCGACAAAUCACUGAAGCUCCGGCACUACCGGAAUUGUCUACCCCAUCUGCGCCAUCACUUUCGAUGGGGCCCUGCGCGACUAAGAGCCUCCAAAGCCUGCAUUAGCUGCCGUGGACGGAAGAUCCGCAGCGAUUCCUCGCACGCCAGGGGCUCUCUUGCAGCCGAUAUGAAGACAAUUACUUCGAUGACGCCUUGCCAGACCCGAAAGGCGACGUAG